CCCCGACCAUCGAGCCCGACUUAAUUUGAUUUUCAUUUCCCUCAAAAAUGACGUACUAAGAUAUUUCACCCAUAUGACUUCCCAACAGCUGUUUGGUUGUAUUUCAGAUAUUGCUGGAGAUAGUGUUUGCUGAAAAGUGAUGAAAUGACGUCUGAAUUGUCAGCCUCAUGUAUUGAACAGGCUGUAAACCAGUUUUAUUCGGGCGGACAGCAGCAACAGAUCGAGCAGUGGCUUACCCUCACCCAGAUCUCCCCCCAGGCCUGGGGAUUCUGCUGGGACCUUCUCUCACCUGAAAAGACUGUGGAGGUGCGAUUCUAUGGAGCCAAUACUCUUUAUGCAAAAAUUUCAAGAUACUGGUCUGAGGUGCCUCAUGAUCAAUAUGACAAUCUGCGAACCAGAUUACUGCAGAAAAUCAUGGAGCUGUGCAGCGGAGACAAAAUCAUCACCACCCGACUCUGUGUCUCACUGGCAGCCCUGAUUUUACACAUGACCCCUGAGGACUGGCCGGACCCUGUCCCUCAACUCAUCUCCACAUUUCAAUCGCUACAGACUGUCACAGAGGAGCAGCGAUGCCAGGUGUUACUGGAGAUUCUGCGUGUUCUUCCUGAAGAGUAUUUCAGUGCCAACUUGAGUCAAAGCAGAAGACUUGUUCUGAAUGGGGAACUCAACAAAAGUCUUUCACAUGUGUUGCCGCUGUUGCGUAGCCUGUUGCUGCCUGGAGCCCCGACAGACGUAAAGCGAGCGGCCCUGCAGUGCUUCUCUAGCUGGUUGGACCUGGGCUCGGUGUUUUCCGAGGCGGAGGACAUCAUCCUACUGACCUUCCAGUGUCUCCAGAACCAGGACCUGUUUGACACGGCUGUGGAGACCCUGGUCAACAUUUUCUCCCAUCCCAGCAAUGAAAGAUAUCACAACACCAUGAAGAAGUACCUGCCAUGUGUUCUAGGAUUGCAGGAUUCUUUCAUGAAAGCCAGAGAUUCUCUAGAUAUGGAUGUUUGUCAGAGGGUAGGACAAAUUAUCAUCUCUUUUGCGGAGAACAAUGUCACUCUUUUACUGCAGUGGGCCGUCGACCCAGAAGUAAGGGAGACAACCAUCAACUUCAUCAACCUAGUCCUGACUUGCACAUCCAUUCCUGGCCAUUUCCCUGUAGAUGAGAAUUUUAGCAACAUGUUUUUCACGUUUUGGUAUCUUCUUCAAGAUGGUAUACAGGACCCCCCUGUGGAGCGCUCUAAAGUCCUGCACCAGAUGUUUUGUCCAAUAUUUUUGUCCCUCAUCCAGACCCUUCUGAUCAAAGUCCAGUACCCAGAGGAAGAAGAGUACAACUCAUGGACUAAAGAUGAUAAAGAAGAAUUUCGUUGUUACAGACAAGACAUUGGUGACACAAUGAUGUACUCCUACAGCAUCUUAAGGGAACCCUUGCUGGGCUUCAUGUGCAAUACACUCAACAGCGGUGCUGAAAAUCCAAAGGAAACACAAUGGCAGUUAAUAGAGGCAGUCUUUUUCCUGUUUACUUCUGUCGCUGAAAAUGUGGACUUGGAGGAGGAAGUUCACAUUCCGAGCAUGCUCAGUGUGCUCCCAAAGCUCCCCUACAACAAUGUCAAGUACAUCUCAGCAGCUCUCAAAAUGAUAGGGUCGUACAGUGAAUGGAUAAACUGCCACCCUGGCUACCUCAACUGUGUGAUCCCCCUCAUUCUACAGGGUCUCCAGGGUCUACAGAACUCGGAAAUAGCCGAGUCGGCCACCAUGUCACUUAAAGAUGUCACCGGAGAGAACCUGGACCACAUACAACCCCACGCCCCCCAGAUUCUGGGGGCCUGUCAGCAUGCCUUCCAAAGUGGACUUCUAAAGACCCGGGACAGCAUGCGACUGAUGCACUCUGUGGGGCAGGUGCUCUCUGUGAUGAAGUAUGAGGAUAUCAUGCAGUAUCUGACCUCCCUACUCUCACCAUUACUCCAAGAACUUCAGAAUCUCAUCACUCGAGAGCCCUCCACCCCUGUGAAAGCUGCUAUCCUGUCCAGGUUGUCCAUACUCGGUUCUUUAUUUUCUUCACUGGACACAGAACGAGACAAAGAAGAUGUCAAGGUCAAACCGAGAUCAACCGAACCAAAACCAGUGGCUGUGCUCCUACAGCAGUUAGCUCCCAUCAUACAGGGCCUCCUGGCCAAUUGGAUCACAGACCCUGGAGUGAUAGAGGGAAUCUGUGCCAUGUUUAAGCAUGCUCUGAAAACCUUGUUAGACGACUUUGGUUUGUUGUCCAAGGAUGUUGCGGAGAUGUUGGUACAGAUGUAUCAAGUGAAUCCUAGUCCAGCCAUCUUAGAUUUGUCAAAACAGUUAAUCAUCAUGCACCACGAGGACUCCCAGCUGAGUCCAGUGGUAGUCACUCUCUUAGGAAGUCUGUCCACUAUAACCCUGGAACUCUUCACAAAGGGCCCCCAGAAUUACACUGAUGUGAUUGAAGCUUUCAUGAAUCUCCUAUCACAAGUUCUGAAGAAAAGCAAAGCCAUCCUGACCACAGAGCAGUGUGUAGUACAGAUGAAAAGUCUCUUCCACUCAGCUCUACAAGCAUUGUCCCUUCCUGAGCAUCAGACCGUCAAAGCUACCUGCUCCUUUCUGGGAGAGUUCUUGUCGGCUGGGGAGACUACUCCGGUGAUAAAAGCUCUGGUUCAGGAAGAAGGCAGUCUUCUGUUGGACAAAAUACUGAGAGCAGUAGGCGGAGAAUCUGCCAGAGGAUUGGUCGAGAACUUGUCAGACAUUUUCCUUAUGCUGAACAAACACUACCCAGAGAACAUGCCUUUGUGGAUGAACCAACUCCUGAAACGGGAAGGCUACCCCUCCCCGAAGGUCACAAAGGCAGACAAGGAUAUUUUCAUCAAAGCAGUUCUCAGGGAGAAGAUCAACAAAAGAAAAAUCCGGGAAGUGUCUAAGGAGUUUUCAUUGAAGUGUCGAGGGAUGUUUGGAACUGAAUAUGCAGCAAAUACAGGGUUUCCAUGAUGUUUUGGAGAGUGAACUAUAUUCUCUCAUUUUGUGUGCAACUCCAUCCAACACUGAGUUAAUGCUCUGCUUCUGUGAUAUGCCUAUAUUGAAGUCUUUAUUUGCUCCCAUUAAAAUUUUUAGAAAAAAAAAAUUUGUUUUUUAUACAUAGAUGUAAAAUAUGUGUGUGUGAACCUCACUUUGUAGAAUAUCAGGAGUUAGACUUGAUUUCUCCACAAAACAAUCUACAAAAGUCUCUGGUAUAUUAUUUUCCAGAUAAUCGACCUCGGUUGUAAAAAUUAGUCAUUGCAAACUAGUGUAUAUCCGUUUAAUCACAAAAUAAAGUUGCUGCAAAUAGAAGUUGGUUGACAGUUUUCAGAUAUUUAACCUACCAGAGUUUGACCUACAGUAAAAAUCAACUGACAUAUGUUCUUUCAAAGUGUUAUACUAACACUUCAAAGGGCACAAGCCAAGUAUUGUAUGGAAAUUUUGUUUCGUACACUGCUAUGUUUCUCAUAGUAUGCACUAGUAUGACCUUGACUGCUAACAGAUACUGUCGACACACACUGUAUUCAAAAUGUCUUUUUGUGAGAUAAUGUCCAACUAUUCCAACCAACGGACAAU